AUGAGUGGAGCGUCUAGGAGGAUAGACCAUCCUGCCACUCUACCUAACACUCCAAUAUCUCGAUCGGAUGCUACCGAGUCGUCGGUGGCCCGUUCCACGCCUGUAAUCAGCCCGAACAAACCACCAAAUGGCGAUCAGACAUCCUCGAUCCCAGGGCCCUCGAUACCUGUUGAACUAUCGAACACGCUUUUCCAGACAUACUUUGAAAGCAUACACCCAAUGUGGCCACUUUUAUACAAGCCUUUAUAUGGAUCCUCAGAUUAUACAUAUCCUUCGCCUACUAUCCCAGAUUCCUUGGCAAUGGCAAUCUUUACGAUUGCCUCGUGUAUCGACAGAUCCCACCCUGUCGAGUGCGGUAUUGCAAACCCCUCACAGCCUCUGCACAAUUCCCUCAAACCAAAGGCGCUCUUCGAGGAGGCCCUAAAUUUACUACAGCGAGGAGCGCGGACUGGUGGCUCCCCGCAGCCCAUCAAUGCGCUCACUCCGUCCAUUACGAGCUGCCAAGUACUCGUAAUCUUGACUCUCCAGCAACAUGGAAUUGCAGAGUAUUCUCGUGCCGCUAUUUUAUUUGGUCUUGCAUCAGCCAUGGCGAUUGAAUUGCGAUUGAACCGAGCAUAUGAGCUCGACGAUCAGAUAGAACGCGAAAUACGCCAUAGGCUUUGGUGGAAUGUGUAUGUGUUGGAUAAGAUGAUAUCCGGCGAAAUGGGUCGGCCAAUAAUUCUAAGGGAAGAAGAGUCUGACUGCCCGUGGCCUUCAGCCGCCGAAACCGACGAAUUCGAACUCAUGUCUAGCCACUCUCAACCGCAUAGCUCUCCUGGAUUAGCUCGCAGAAACACUUUUAAGAUGCGAACCAUAUCUGCCUUUCACAGCACAAUAUCGCUGUCCAUGAUUAUGGAGCGCAUAUAUCGCAAGGUCUAUGGUUUGGCUGCUCGAAAGGCUAUUCGCGAUGAUCAACCUGCUGGAGAGCGCCUAAGAAUGCAACUCUGGCUUGAACUUCAACAAUGGGAGCGAGAUAUCGAAGCAUCCCCUUUGAAGUUGGACUUGAGCGACGAACUGAUGUCUGCGCCUGCAACAGUAACAAACUAUGUAAUAAUGUGGACCGCUACCAUAUUACUUCAUCGACCCUUUAUUGCUUGGUGGCGGUCUGACUUAGGUUUCACAGCCGACCCGUUUGAAAUAUCUCUCCAGGCGGCUAACCAGAUAUGCCAAGUAUUGGAGAAGUACCUUGAAUGCCUCCCUCGAGGACCUUGCGACAUGAUCUUCAGCAUAUUUAUUGCCGCAAGUAUACUGCUACAACACUCAAAGAAAGGAGAAGUAGAAGCGAUUGACAGAACUCGUCGCCGUCUGAAACUAUGUAUUCAAUGGCUAUCAGUGCUAAGCAAGAGCUGGAAGAUUGCUGGGGAGCGUUGUAAGUUGCUCGAUGAUAUGUUUAACUUGCCCCAAGCAUUACAAGAACCAAGGCAUGCCCAUGGGAUAGAUGCUAUUCAACUCACAACACAGAAAACGACCGUUGGGGGUUUGCCUAUCACUGCAGACCAACCCAGCAGUCAACUCCAAAUUCUUCCGGUAUCCCCAGAGGACUGGUCGUUUUUACAAGGAUUUGGCGACUCCACCGAUCAAUUUUAUGCCUGGGAUGUAGAUCUACGAGAUCUCCUGGGCGGACGGUGUGGGAUAGACGGGAUUGGAUACCCCUAA